GUCGGGUUUGACAGCAUCGGAGGUCUGUCGGGUCACAUCUCAGCUCUGAAGGAGAUGGUCGUCUUCCCACUUCUCUACCCCGAGGUUUUUGACAACUUCAAGAUUCAGCCUCCCAGAGGCUGUCUGUUUUACGGACCUCCUGGGACGGGGAAAACACUCGUUGCCCGGGCGCUGGCCAACGAGUGUAGCCAUGGCAACAGGAAGGUGGCCUUCUUCAUGAGGAAGGGAGCCGACUGCCUCAGCAAGUGGGUGGGCGAGUCGGAGCGGCAGCUGCGGCUGCUGUUUGAGCAGGCGUAUCAGAUGCGUCCGUCCAUCAUCUUCUUUGACGAGAUCGACGGCCUGGCUCCGGUCCGAUCCAGCAGACAGGACCAGAUCCACAGCUCCAUCGUGUCCACGCUCCUGGCUCUGAUGGACGGCUUGGACAGCCGAGGAGAGGUCGUGGUAAUCGGAGCAACAAACCGCCUGGACUCCAUCGACCCGGCUCUACGGCGGCCCGGACGCUUCGACCGGGAGUUCCUCUUCGGACUGCCCGACAGAGAGUCUCGUAAGGAGAUUCUGAAAAUCCACACCCGGCUGUGGAAACCUCGUCCGUCUGAGGACUUCCUGGAGGAGCUGGCUGACAAAUGUGUCGGUUACUGCGGCGCUGACAUCCGGGCGGUGUGCACCGAGGCCGCCCUGUGCGCCCUGCGGCGCCGCUACCCGCAGAUCUACGGCACCUCGCAGAAGCUCCUGCUGGACGUCUCCUCCAUCGCCGUCAGCAGCUGCGACUUUGUGGCGGCCAUGAGGAAGAUGUCCCCGGCCUUUCACCGCUCCGCCGCUACACCCGCAAAACCGCUGUCAGUCGUGGCGCAGCCGCUGCUGGGCGCCGCGCUGCGCGACGUCCUGGACGCGCUGCAGAGGCUGUUCCCUCACGCCGAGCAGGGCAUGAAGAGGAAGAGGGAGCCGGAUCUGACCUCUGGUAUCCUUGACGACGGCCUGAUGUACGGAGCAGACGAAGGCUCCAGCACAGCCAGCAUCUCCAAACCGUCCUCCUCCAAGAGCAGAAACUUCCUGCACUUCGCCAGGAGUGCGGUCAAACACCCGACGUCUCACCGUCCCAGAAUGCUCCUGGCCGGUCGUCCCGGCGCCGGUCAAACCUCCCACCUGGCUCCCGCUCUCCUGCACGCUCUGGAGCGCUUCACCGUCCACAGCCUGGACUCUGCCGUGCUGUUUGGAGUCAGCAGCACGUCCCCGGAGGAAGCCUGCGCCCAGGUAUUCUGCGAGGCACGGCGGACGUCUCCCAGCAUCCUCUACAUGCCGCACAUCCAGCAGUGGUGGGACACCGCGGGGUCCUCGCUGAGAGCCUCCUUCCUCAGCCUGCUGGACAGCAUCCCCUCGCUCUCCCCCAUCCUCCUCCUCGCCACCUGCAGCGCCCCCCAUCAGGAUCUGGACCCCGAGAUUCAGUCUCUGUUUCGGGAGGAGUACGGGGAGGUUUACACCAUCAGCGUUCCCAGUCGGCAGGAGAGGACCGAAUUCUUCCAGGACCUCAUUCUGAACCAGGCGGCCGAAGCUCCGCCCUCCAAGAACAAAGCGCUGACUCAGGCCGUGGAGAUCCUCCCCCUGGCUCCCCCGCCUCCCCCCCGCCAGCUGCCGGAGCAGGACCGCCUCCACCUGGAGGAGCAGGAGGAGGACGUGAUGCGGGAGCUCCGCCUCUUCCUGCGUAACGUCACCGAGCGCCUGACUCUGGACCGACGCUUCAAGACCUUCACCAAGCCGGUCGACACAGAGGAGGUCCCGGACUACAUGCUGGUGGUCAAGAAGCCGAUGGACCUCUCCACGCUGAUGACCAACAUCGACAAGCAGCGGUACAUCACGGUCGCCGAGUUCAUGUCAGACGCAGACCUCAUCUGGCAGAACGCCCUCACAUACAACCCGGACAGCGACCCCAUGGGUGAGCGCCGAGCGCCGCACCGUGUCCCGAAGGCCCCAAAUCAUUUACA